AGUUUAGAGAGAGAUGAUAUAUAGGCCAUGGGUUUGGAACUCCCAGGUCCUGUAUAAGAUGUACUUUGUGGUCUUUGUGGCCAUGCAUCUACAGCCAUGGGUAUUGUUGUUGUUCAUGUGAGCCGUGUAGGACUGCUGUUGGUCACAACAAGACUCUUGCCUGAAUGUGCUCAGCAGUGAACUGCAUGCUCCCCCUGAGGAAGAACUGUGAGGGGCUGGCAAACCUCGGACGUCUUAAUGGGGGAGCAUCGAUGUCCUUCAGUGCCAGUGGACUGCGGAUGCACAGACAGGCUCAGGACGCAGACAUGGACUUCACCUGGCAGGAGCUGAUGGCUUUCACUGAGGACCUGGAGGUGCAGCAUGAUGGCGGGCCAUAUGAGAGCGGGGGCCCGUACCAUCACAUGGAGCCUCCAGUGUCUUCUGGAAGCUACGGAAUGAACCAAAGCAGCUCCGGAACGCUCCCCCAGCAGGAGUGCGGCGACGUCUCCUCCAUGAGCUAUGAAGGCUCCUCCUCCUACCAGGAGGUGAUGCAGCAGCCAUGCCAGCGGCUGGGCCCCGCCAUGGACUCUCACAACUCCCACUACGCCCACUCAGGCAGCCAGCUGUCCUCCAGGUAUCUGCCUGGCGGCGGCGGCCAGUCCCUGCAGCCCCCGCUGAUGAGCAUACUGGAGCACAUGAACUUGGUGGGUGCUACCAGUGCCAGCCACGGUUUUGAGAAAGACAGCAGCAGCAUAGGGCACUCACACUCACACCACAGCAAACACACACAGCAGCAGCAGCAGCAGCAGCAGCAGGUAGCAAUCGACGACUUGGAGUCUGACUCGGGCCUGUCCCUGGGUUCGAGUCCGCCCCUCGCGUCGCCAGAGAACGGGGUCACCAGCAUCUCCAUGUACGUCAGCUCAGAGCCAGGAAUGGUGUACGCGGAAGGAGACAUGGAGGGGGGCGGUCUGGGGGAGCACUGCAGGGUGAGAGAUAGCUUUGGCUAUCCAAUGGACUACCACCACCACCACCCUCACCAUCCCCACUCCCACCCGCAUCACUCCGCCAACCACUAUCCAGGGGCCCCUUCCACCUCCUCCUCCUCCUAUUUCCCCAUGGGCCCCAGCCUAAGCUCCAUCCACCAACACCACCAGUCGCACUCCAUGUACCCACACCACAAGCAGCCACAGGUCUUACCCAGCUCUGCCUUGCACCUCCACGGCCCCGGUAUGCCAGGUGGAGGAGGCCGGGCCACACCAGGCUCCUGCCUCAGCAGCAUCAGCAGCCUCGGCUCCUACUCCAAGCCAAAGCUCCACAGCGCCCCCGCACCCCUGAGCCGGGACGAGCGGCGCGCCCUGUCCCUGAAGAUCCCCUUCCCGCUGGAGAAGAUCGUCAACCUGCCCGUGGACGACUUCAACGAGCUGCUCACCCAGUACACGCUCAACGACGCCCAGCUGGCCCUGGUGCGCGACAUCCGGCGGCGCGGCAAGAACAAGGUGGCCGCCCAGAACUGCCGCAAGCGCAAGCUGGAGAACAUCGUGCACCUGGAGGGCGAGCUGGGGCAGCUGCGCGCCCAGAGGGAGCACCUGGCCCGCGAGCGCAUGGACUACCAGCGCAGCCUGGCCAUCGUCAAGUGCCGCCUGUCGGAGCUCUAUGCCAAAGUGUUCUCCCAGCUCCGUGACGAGGAGGGACAUCCGUACUCUUUAGAUGACUACUCUCUCCAGCAGACAAACGAUGGCAAUGUGUACUUAGUGCCUCGCAAUGGCGCACUGGAUGAAGAGUACCAGUGAACUCAGAUCUGUGCUUUAACUCUUGCGUUAGACAAGUGCCUUCCCCUCGUCAUGCUGCAUUCAUUUCCUGCCCACAUAUCAGCAUCUGUUGCACAAUAAAUGUAUUUUAAAAGAGGGCAUUUUGUAAAAUAAGCAAUAUUUCCCAUUGAUUGCCUGAACUUUUGAUAACAUUUUUGAUAAGCCUUCUGGUGUUUUGAAAAGCAAAAGCCUCUGUAAGUUAUGUUCAGCAGCAUAACAUACCAAGAUGGUUAAGUAUUUUUGUUGUUAGUAAAGACAUUUUUCCAGCUCAUAACAGAGACAAAGUCCCAAUGCAUUGUUUAAGUCUUUAAAUAUUUUAUUAAAAUAAAAUGUGUAAAAAAAAGCUUUCUGCCAGCUCUGUGAUGAAGAGGGACAUCCUUACUCUUUAGACGAGUUCUUUGUGCACAAGACCAGUGAUGGCAAUGCGUGUAGUGCCUCGAAACAAAGCACUGGAAGAAGCGUACCAGUGAACUCAGCCUGUGCUUUAAUGCCACAAAACAUGCACUAGACUAGUGUUUCUCAACGGGGGCGGUACGGCCCCCCAGGGAGGGCGUAGAGAAGGAUACAGGUGAAAGGGGGUGGUGCUUAGUUGCCAUUUGGGGUACAUUAGUCCUUUAUUUUUUUAUACCAAGGAGGGCAUUGUCAGGUUUAUGAUGAGGUACAGGGGGUUU